AUGGCUCGGAACUGCUUCAACAGAACUGAACAAUGUGUUCGUUCUAUGCAGGAAGAAAAUUCACAUUCUGUUUCAGAGACAUUUCUAGGAUUGUCAGGAUCAAAGGAAGCAUGUCUAGAAUUUGAAAAUACUCAACCAUUAAAACUUUUGAGAAUUCAUGGCAGAAAAAUCAAAAAGGUUUGCCAAGUCAUUGAAGCCAAACAAUACUCCAGAUGUGAAUUCGCUAGACUUCUGAAACGAAGUCUCAUGGAUGGAUAUCAUGGCUACAGCUUGGGCAAUUGGAUCUGUAUGGCUUAUCAUGAGAGUGGCUUUAAAACCUAUGCUGUGAAUAUAAAUGACAACGGCAGUCGUGACUAUGGGAUAUUCCAGAUAAACAGCCACUAUUGGUGCAACAAUAACGAGGGCCGUACAAAUAAUGGCUGUAGGAAGCCUUGCAGUGAUGAUAUUGCUUGUGCUAAGAAAGUUGUGCAUGAUAAACAAAAGAUGAAUGCCUGGAGGGGCUGGCAAAAACACUGCCAAGGAAGAGAUCUAUCAAAGUGGACUCAGGGCUGCAACCUCUGAGAUUGAUGAUCCUGCAUUUCUCUUCCUUCUCCUGUGAUGAAAAUGAUGCUAUUUCUUAUAAAACAAACAUUUAACAACUUGAUUCUAUGCUUGUACCUCACAUGUUGAGAUGAACUGAUUUCUUUGCACACAAAGGAUGAUUUUUAAAAGAUUUCUGGGUAGGAAGAAGGAACGAGUUUGCUUUUUAAAAUCUUCAAAAAUUGCUUCAAUAAAAUGAGU